AUGGGUAGCUUAGACUAUAAGAAGUAUCAGAAAAUCCUUCAAAUUAAGUCUGGCAAUAAAUUGGUUCAGAAAUCAUUAAAAACAUCGAAGCGUACUUUCACGGGUUGUCUUAAUUGCAAAAGGAAAAAGAAAAAAUGUGAUGAAACCAAGCCAAUAUGCAAGAGCUGCUCUAAGAGAGAUCUAGAGUGUACCUGGCCCUGUUUAGAUAAAUUGCAUAGUAAGACAACUAGAUGUAAGAAUCAAGCUAUUCAGGAAAAGGGAGACGAAAUUAGCUUGGUAAGGACAGUUGAAAAGCAUCCUGAUUCAAUAGGGGGUGGUAUCAAUGAUAGAAAUGGAAAGACACAACCUGGCAUUUCAUUUAAUUUCAACCUGGAUUCUUUCAGUUCCUGGAUCCCAGGUGUCUCUCUUUCUAAAGAAGAUGCCCAAUUUUAUCAUACUUUUGUUGUUCGAUUAGUUCCAUCGCUACCUCAACCGUUAACGAACUUCCACAUUUCGAAUAAUGAUAUUUACAUUCCUCUUGCUGCAAUGUCUGAGACAGGUAGGGAAGUCAUAAUAGCGAUGGGAGCGGUCAUCAUGGCUUUUGAUAACGAUUUCUAUUCAGAGGUUGCUCGUAGAAAAUAUUUAAGGGCAAUUGGGUCAUUUUUAAAACGACUAAAGGACGGAAACUUUGAUGGCACAGAAGACUGGUUAUUUAUGGAGGUACAGCUUUUACAAACGUUAUGCCUAAGAGAUAAAUUACAGGGAUUUAAUGCCACAAGAUGCGCACAGCACCUUUUGGUGGCUAAGAAAAUUAUCGAAAAGAGAUUUCUAAAGCUGAUAAAAGAGGAUGAGCAUGAACUGGUAUUUUAUUUGCAGCUGCUGCAAAAUGGUGAGCGAGACUUUCUAAAAAAGAUAUCACACUUAAUUCAAUUCUCUCCUAUUGACGGCGUUUUGAUAGAAAAUUUCAUAUUCAAUUAUGCCAUUACAAUUUUACUUUGUCAUAAAGAUCAGCUUGAAGCCUUGGUACCUGAUCCUUUCAAUUUCUUCACAAGGUUUAAUAUUCCUGAUUCAUGCGAGGUAGAUGGUUCUAAGGAAAUUGUGGAUGCUUAUUUUUUUGCCUUUGAGCUUGCUAGUAAAUGCUCCUGGAUUUGUCGCUUAAAAUUACCAUUAGACGACGAGAACCAAGGGAGGUGUUCAAGUUUGUUACUAAGAGCCUCAUUUGAGUUAUCGAAGACUGAAAAGUCUCAUGACCUACUCACAAAUGACUCUAAGAGAAGACAUUUAACGAUAAUCGAAUUAGUACUAAGAACUUCUAUUAUUCUACUAAAGAAAAUUUUAGAUCCCAUUGGUAUUAGAGCCACAGGUUUUUAUGAUGAAAUAAAUCAUUUGAUUGAAAUAAUCCAAAGACCUUAUAACCAGAAUUUAGUAUUACCUUGCUGGUCACUUUUAAUUGCCGGGAGUGCAUCCUCCACAGCUCUUCAAAGACAAUUUUUCAAAUCGGAGCUUGAAGUAUUGGUUCAUUCGUUAAGUUCAAAUACUGUUUUGCUGAUUCUUAAUUUUUUGGAAGCAAUAUGGAAUAGUGACUUUUGCGAUAAUGCCUUUGAAUUUAUUUUUUAUACAGAGGCAAUGAACUUGAUAUGCACUUAA